CACAGGAGAGAAACCAUUUAGCUGUUCUGAGUGUGGGAAAACAUAUGGUCGAAGUGCACAUCUGAAGGUACACAUGAGAACUCAUACAGGAGAGAAACCAUUUAGGUGUUCUGAGUGUGGGAAAACAUAUGGUCGAAAUGAACAUCUGAAGGUACACAUGAGAACUCAUACAGGAGAGAAACCAUUUAGCUGUUCUGUGUGUGGGAAAAGAUGUGGUCAAAGUGAAAAUCUGAAGGUACACAUGAGAACUCAUACAGGAGAGAAACCAUUUAGCUGCUCCGAGUGUGGAAAAAGAUUUGGUUCCAGUGGAGCUCUGAAGACACACAUGAGAACUCAUACAGGAGAGAAACCAUUUUGCUGUUCUGAGUGUGGGAAAACAUAUGGUCAAAGUGCACAUCUGAAGGAACACAUGAGAUCUCAUACAGGAGAGAAACCAUUUAGCUGCUCCGAUUGUGGGAAAAGAUUUGGUUACAGUGGAGUUUGGAAGAGACACAUGAGAUCUCAUACAGGACAGAAACCAUUUAACUGCUCUGAGUGUGGGAAAUCAUUUACACAAAAUGGAUAUUUACAUACACACAUGAAAGUUCAUGAGGGAAAAAAGUGAUGCAGCUGUUCAGUCUGACAAAAAAAAAAUCUCUUUGGAAUAAUAUUUUAAAAAGACAAAUGACUGACACAGACCCAAACAUUUAUGUUUUAUAUGUUUUUAAAUGUAUGUAUUUACUUACUUACUUACUUACCAAGAUCAGUCUUGUACAGCCAGGGGGAGUAUUUCCCCUCUGACAGCCAAGCUGGGUCAGAACCUGUUAUCCGGUGGUGACUGGACUUUUGCUGCUUUUCAGGGCCAGGGCAUUCAGCACUGUGGCUCUUUCCUGUACUUGGAUCCAGAGCAGGAGAGGUACUCUGACUGCUAAAUUCUAAAAUUGAUGUGAACAUAGAUUAGAAGAUAGAAGAAUCUGCACAAAAUAGCCCAUAUGAGUAAGUCAAAACAUUUUUUCAGACAUUUUUGUAAAUUUAUUUUAAAAAAAAAUGUAAACAUC